GGCCAAUACUACUAUAUUCAUCUCCCGACUCAGUCCACGCAGUGGGAAUUUCCCAAGGGUCCGACCCCUUUGAACCUCAACGAAACCCCGCUAUCCCCGGUAGGCAGCGUAUAUAGCAGUCAUCCUCUGGCAUCGCCCGCUUUAUCAACGUUCGGCAAACCCUUGGCAUCCCCUGGUCUUCCCUUGACUCCAGGGUUUGAGAGUUUACAAUCCCCAAUUGUGUCAGGGUUCACUACUGGGCCCCCUCCAAUUAGUGGGAUUGAUAUGUACAAAGUUGCUCCCACAAAUGGGGUCUAUUUUGGCCCCUAUCUCCGUUACACCAACAUGGAUGUAGAGCGAGGCAUCUGGCUCGGCUCCAUUCUCUUGGUGACAGAUGCCGCACAGCCUCCCACCAUUCAUAUUCACCAGAGUGUCGACCUGUCUCCGAAUCCGCGUCAGCUCAAAGCCAUGCCGAUUGCAGUCCAUCAGCGGUGGACCUUCUACAAGUACGAAAUUGAUUUACGUAUGGAAGACGCCGGCCCCGCCAAAUGGACUUACGCCAUCACCUCACAUCUUGGUUGCACACGCUACGAAUUCCUAGUUGCGGGACGAUACGAGACUGGUUGGCGUUUUAUCACCACUUCGGGAAACGAUUUUUCUAUGAAUGUGAAUGCCAAUGAGCGAUCCCGCCUCGGCGGUGUGGGCUUUAUGUGGAAAGACAUCAUGCAGAAGCAUAAUGAGAUUGGAGGAUUCCAUGCCCAACUGUGUCUGGGAGGCCAGAUAUAUGCCGAUCGGAUGUGGAAGGAGGUUCCAUGCCUCAAACAAUGGCUUGCACUCAGUGGGAAAGAAAUCCGGAAGAAGACGCCAUGGACAACUGCCCAUGAAGAGGACGUCUCUCAUGCCUACUUUCAUUAUUAUACGAGCCAUUUCGAUCAGCCCUAUCUGAGAGAAGCCUUUGCUCAGAUCCCUUAUGUCUGUCAGAUUGAUGAUCAUGAUAUCUUCGACGGAUUUGGAUCCUACCCAGAGCACAUGCAGUUCUCCAACAUGUUCAAGAACAUUGGACGAGUAGGGAUAGAGAUGUAUCUGCUGUUUCAGCACCAUACCACACUGGACCUGCUCCGUAAUUCGCGGAGCGACGUCGAUCUGUUUACCAUCACCGGCACUGGCUGGCAUUUUGUCAAAUACCUGGGGCCCGCUGUUGUUGCCGUCGGCCUUGACUGUCGCUCAGAGCGCAAUCCACACCAGGUCGUUGCUGGACCCACGUAUCAGGGAAUCUUCCCCAAGGUUGCCAUGUUACCCCCAACCGUGCAGCAUUGCUUGUGGAUGCUUUCGGUGCCAAUUAUCUAUCCGCGCCUGGAGACUGCUGAACACAUAGCACACACGGUUGCUACGGGGAAGAGGGCAGUCACGGGGGCAUAUAAUGCCCUUGGAAAAGUCACCAGCUCCGUGGCUGGCGUAGUUGGAGCCAAGGGCAUGGUUGGGUCGGGAUUCGAUUCGGUUAAACGGGCUGUGGGCAAAACCGGUCUGAUGGGCGGAAUCCUCAGUCCUUUCGGUGAACUUGAUCUUUUAGAUGAGUUGCGUGAUCAGUGGACCCAUGAGUCCAAGGAUCUUGAGAGAACCUACCUUAUUCGCACCCUCCAGGGCAUUGCGCAUCAAAAGUCGCUCCGCAUGACUUUCCUUUCGGGUGCCGUCAACGCCUGUGGUGCCGGACUCGUGCAUGAUCCCUCUUUCCCCUCCAACCAUAAAACCAUGUAUCAACUUAUCUCGUCACCUGUGGUUAACAACCCUCCACCAUCAUAUGUCAUCAAGCUUCUCCAUGGUAGCAACAAACCCCUAUAUGUCCCAGCUAACGGUCAACGCUCGACUCCCUCAAAGCCUACCGAUACUAAGGAAGACAUGCUGGAGCUGUUUCAGUCUGAUGUUACUGGUCAGCCUCGUGAACACCGGAAGCUGAUUGGUCGUCGGAACUAUGUUGCGAUUGUUGCCUAUGAUCCGGAUAUUGUCAACACGAUGUACGGUCAUCCAGGCCAAGGAAGUGGGAAGUUGAACCUUGCGGUGGACUAUAUGGUGCAGGGUGAUGGGACAUUUGGUGCUGUGGUCAAGUAUGGGCCUGUGAUUGUUCCUAGCCUGGAGCCAGGAAAGUGA